AUGGAAGGUUCAAUUGCAAAACACUUACUCAACUCUUUUCUCAUUCUACUAGCCAUUACUUCAUUCAUAAACUCAAGCUCAGCCGAUACUCGAUUCUACUACCCCGUGCCUCCUAAAAGCGUUAGCACAGAGUUCAUUAAAACAUCUUGUAGCUCUACAACUUAUCCCAGACUUUGCUAUACCUCGCUUGCUGGGCAAGCGGGCUUAAUCCAAACUAGUCCUAAGCUCCUUGCCCAUGCAGCCCUUAACGUGACUCUUGCAACGGCUAAAUCAACUUCGGCGGUCAUGUUAAAGCUGUCGAAAGGCUCCGGGAUGAACCCUAGAGAGGUGGAAGCCAUGCAAGAUUGCCUAGAGGAGCUGAGUGAUUCAGUUGAUGAGAUCAGGAGGUCUAUUGGUGAGAUGGAUCAGAUAAAAGCUUCUAAUUUUGAGCUUAUGAUGAGUGAUAUACAGACUUGGGUUAGUGCUGCUUUGACUGACGAAACCACUUGCAGCGAUGGUUUUGAAGGUAAUAAAGUGAAUGGGAAAAUGGUGAGAAGCCGAAUUGUGAACAUUGCUCAUAUGACUAGCAAUGCCUUGUCUUUGAUCAAUAGCUAUGCUUCUGUUCAUGCUUAAUAAUUAU